AUGUCUUUCUAUAGUAGCGACUGUCCUUUUAUCAGAUUUACUCGACCAUGGAUGGGAACUCUUGUAAUGACUAUAGGCAUCGCCGCUUGCACACUAAUUUAUUACGUUUUUACAUUGAUAGAUCCAACAAGUAAUCCAAAAUUUUCAGAUAUUCCGAUCAAUAUCUAUCUCCACAUUGCUUUAUUAGCGUUACUAGACAUUCUUAUCUCAGUCAUUAACUCAUUUGCUAUUGCAGAAAACUCAGGCUCAAUUUCCGUUGCGUUCAGAUGUUUUGAUCUGUUAUUUAUCAUUAUAAUCGAGAACGUUUUUGUCGAACCAAUUCAUUAUGCAUAUCAAUGGGUUUCCCUCGGUAUUGUCCUUAUUGGAAAUAUAUUAGUUACAAUAGGUGUCGCUGUAGGCAUUGAAGGUAAACCAAAACUACUUACAUCCAUUUUGCUGUUAUUUGCCCAACUGUUUAUGUCAAUUAGAUCAGUCCUCACUCAAAGAAUUUUACAUAAUAAUGAUGUUUCUCCUUGGUUGUUAACAGGAAUUAACGGAAUCUACGGAUUUUUCCUUGUUCUUUUUGGGUUUUAUCCAAUUGCUAAUUUCCUGCCUGCAUAUUCUUUCAAGUCUCUUCAUGAAAACUUUUGUUCGUCAGUUUUACUGACAGUUCAUUCAACUUCGUUAAUUAUUUUGUUUUUGAUCUACAUUCCUAUAUCAUUCACUUAUAAUGUGUGCAUCACGGGAACCCUCAUGACAACUAAUGCUGUAGGUUACACAAUUUUCGAGAUGAUCAGUGGUGCAGCCGGUUGGAUAAUUGAUUUGAUUAUUUAUCAUGCUUUUCAUGGAAAGUUCAUUCUCAAAGCAGACGAAAAGUUUGGUACUAAAUGGGAUCGAUAUAGCUUUUUCAGACUCUUUGGAUCAUUGAUAUUCCUUAUGGGAGGCGCAAUGUACCUUAAAGUCUAUAGAUUUUCUUGCUUUAAGUAUCCAACGGCCUCUGUAACAAAAAUAGAGAUGUCAACAGAUUCAUCCUUCGAGCUGAAUUUUAAAAUACCACUGAAUGUAUGA